AUGAAAGACCCGCGCGCCGGCAAGCGGAGAAGAGUUUCCGACGCACAGGAUGUAGACGAAGACGGCGACAUCGCAAUGGGCGAAGAUACCCAAGAUACCGGCUCCGGGCCGUCCGCAUCCCCGACGCCGCAAAUUCAAGAAGACAACAAUCACACCCCCUCGAGAUCUGGACUACGGUCGAGUGCGCGACAGCGCAAACAGCCCCAGAGACUCGAUGACGACGCGACGUAUACCCCAUCAAGGAGGUCCACCGCAACAUCCGGACCAAGCAGCGCCACACGGAGAAGCUCGCGGAGGAAGACGACAAGACAGGAGACGGAAACACCUGUUACAGAGUCGGAGGAAGAAUAUGAGGCGACGCCGCCACCGCAGCGACGGGUCACCCGUACGAGAUCUACGCGGUCCACCGCAAAGAGUGCCCCGAAGACUGAAACCAACGGACAUGCAUCUGCGGGCGGAAACGAGAGGCAGUCUCCCUCGCCGGAUGAUUACCAGGAUGGCUUGGACGACCUCGUGUCGAAGCAGCUGCAGCAGGAUCUUUUGCCGCAAGACGCGGAACCGAGGGACGGGGAUGUACCGACCGACGACGCGCUGCCUGCCUACGGAGAGACAUUCCGGGCUCUGGCUCAGGACGGGCUGACACAAGAGGUGCAAGCGUUGAGUGGGAUUGUACUGGACAAGCUUAACGGGAAGCGCCCGGUGCCUCUGAAAGGCCUGGAGAACGAAUACCAAAAGGUCUACCAACUCAUCGAGCAAACAGUCACUGUCGGGGAGGGGAAUUCUAUGCUGCUCCUCGGGGCUCGAGGAUGUGGUAAGACUGCAAUAGUCGAGAGCGUCCUCUCGUCUCUAGCCCGAACGCAUAGGGACGAUUUCCACGUCGUCCGUCUCAAUGGCUUCCUCCAUACAGAUGACCGGCUAGCCCUCCGCGAGACGUGGCGACAGCUUGGGCGGGAAACCAACACCGAGGAAGAAGCUGGCAAAGUGACCAACUACGCGGAUACGAUGUCUACCCUCCUCGCUCUGCUGUCUCACCCGGAGGAGCUCUUUGGUGCGCCCAGCCAUCCGGGGGCAAUAACGGCGGCCAAAUCGGUGGUUAUCAUUCUCGACGAAUUCGACCUGUUUGUCACGCAUCCCCGCCAAACUCUGCUGUACAACUUGUUCGACAUCGCACAAGCCCGGAAGGCCCCGGUCGCGGUGCUGGGACUGACGACGAAAGUGGACGUGACGGAAAUGCUGGAAAAGCGCGUGAAGAGCCGGUUCAGCCAUCGUUACGUGUUCGUCCCGCUUCCGCGGACCUUUGAUACAUUUUCGGAAAUAUGCCACGCGGGGCUGAACCUGGACGAUGACGAGCUUACGGGGCUGAUGGAAGACGCCGAUUUGGGGGUGCGCGCCACCGUCGAGUCUGAGGGCUGGAACAGGCUCGUCCGAGGGUGGAGAGCUUAUCUGCAGGGUCUCUGGAUCGACGAUGCAUUCCAGUCCCACCUCCACCGGAUAUACAGCCAGACGAAAUCGGUCAAGGAAUUCUUCACGAGCGCGCUGAUUGCGCUGACGGAGUUCCACUACAGCGCCUACGAUGACGUGCCAUCCCUCCAGGUCCCCACAGCAGCCACGUUCAGCACCCAAAGCCUCUCCUGUCCAGACCCUGCGCCGCUUCCCUUCUCCGCCGCCACGACCGUCUCCGCCAGUCCGUCCUCGCUGCCCCUCUCGCUGCUGCUUGCGGCGACCCGUCUCGCGGCGCUGUACGAUCCCAGCGCCGAGUCAGCGCAGCCGACCAGCCUCGCGCCGCUGGCGCUGUCGUUCCCGGCCGCGUACGCGGAGUACGUGCGGCUGUUGACGUCGGCGAAGACGUCGGCGUCGAUCUCCGGCGCGGCGGCCACGCCGGGACGCGUCUGGGGCAGGGAUGUGGCGCGCGAGGCGUGGGAGAAGUUGGUGAGCUGGGGGCUGAUCAGUGCGGUCGGGGGCGGCAGUGGGACGGCCGAUGGACGGAUGUUCCGGGUGGAAAUCAGCUUCGAGGAGGUGGUUGAGAUGGCUGGGUCGGGCGGAUCCCUGGGGAAGUGGUGGCGGGAUGGGUGA